GCUCAGUAACAAUCAAUAUUUUCGUGCGUGAACGUCUUUAAAACGAUGUUUUUGAUAAUUGGAUUACUUUUUGCAGUUGGUUAUUUGAUUAACCAGUAUGUGUUUAGUUAUUGGACAAAACGAGGAUUUAAGCAACUACAGCCUUCGUUUUUGGUCGGAGAUGCUUUACCCUUAAUAACUUUAAAAACUUCAUUGGGAGAAUACUUUCAAGAAAUAUAUGACAAAUAUAAAAAUAAUAAAAUCAUUGGAAUUUAUUUAUUCUAUCGUCCUGUAUUAGUGGUCAAUGAUGCUAAGCUUGUGCAAGAUAUUCUCAUUAGAGAUUUUACAUAUUUCCACGACCGUCCAAUGCCGGUUGACGAGAUAAAUGAUCCAUUGUCAGCACAUUUGUUCAAUAUUGCUGGUCAAAAGUGGCGAGAUUUGAGAGUAAAACUGUCACCGACAUUUACCUCUGGAAAAUUAAAGGGAAUGUUCUCAAUAAUCAGAGAUUGUGGUCAAGUUCUUGAAGAUUAUUUAGAUAAAAAUAUGAAAAGUGGCGUCGAUGUGUUCGAAUUUCGAGAUUUGAUGGCACGUUUCAACACUAACAUCAUUUCAUCAGUUGCUUUUGGAAUUGAGAACGACUGUAUAAACGAACCUAACCACUUGUUUCGCCGGAUGGGUGCAAAAAUAUUUGAACCCAAUUUCAAGAAUGGAAUAAGAGGAGUAUUUGCAUUCCUUUUGCCUAAAAUGUUUCACGCUGUCAAAUUAAAGGUUUUGGAGGCAGAUGUCGAAGAAUUUAUGUUUUCAAUUGUUAAACAAACUGUUGAAUAUCGAGAACAGAAAAACUUCUCGAGAAAUGAUUUCAUGCAACUUUUAAUUCAGUUGAAAAACCAAGGAUUUAUUUCAGUCGACAAAGGAGAAAAAAAUUCAGAAGAGAAUGAUGAAUCCAAUAAAAGUAUCAAGAAAUUAAACUUUAACGAAAUUGUAGCACAAGCGUUUGUAUUUUUCGUUGCAGGAUUCGAAACAUCAAGCUCAACUUUGUCAUUCUGUUUGUUUGAAUUGGCAAGACAUAAGGAAAUUCAGAAAAAGAUCCAAGAAGAAGUGGACAAAGUCUUCAAAGCUGCAGGUCCUGAUGGAAUUACUUAUGAUAUGUUAAGUGAUUUGAAAUAUCUCGAAUGUUGCAUUGACGAAGCAUUGCGAAAAUAUCCAAUUGUCCCUUCUCUCAUUCGAACUGCUACUCGUGACUAUAAGAUACCUGAUAGCGAUCUUGUGAUUCCCAAAGAUACAGCGAUUGUAAUUUCUGUCUUAGGAAUGCAUAGAGAUCCAGAAAUCUAUGAUGAUCCAAUGCAGUACAUCCCAGAGAGAUUCCUUAAUUCGUCACAUGGAGGUGGAGAAGCUCAGUUACGAUCAAUCGGUCUUUUGCUUCAGAACUGUUUGUAUUAUCACAACAUGUCGCUAUUAAUAAUAUUAGGAUUAGUUGUAACAAUUGUGUAUCUUUUGAACCAAUACUUCUUUACUUAUUGGUCCAAAAGAGGAUUCAAACAAAUGGAACCUUCAUUUUUAUUGGGAGAUGCAAGUAGUGUAGUAACUUUAAAAGUUUCUCCAGGAGAGUAUUUUCAAAAUAUUUACAACCGAAAUAAGAGGAAUAAUGCUAUUGGAGUUUACAUGUUCUAUCGUCCCAUAUUAUUGAUCAAUGAUGCUAAGCUUGUUCAAAACAUUUUGAUCAGAGAUUUCACAUAUUUCCACGACCGUCCAAUGCCUGUAGAUGAAAAUUAUGAUCCAUUGUCCGGACAUUUAUUUAGCAUCGCGGGUCAAAAGUGGCGAGAUUUAAGAGUAAAAUUGUCACCGACAUUUACCUCUGGGAAACUUAAAACUAUGUUUCCGAUUAUAAAUAACGUCGGAAAAGUGCUUGAUGAAUAUUUGGACAAAAAUGUGAAAAGUGGUGUCAAUGUGUUCGAAUUUCGAGAUUUAAUGGCACGUUUCAAUACUAACAUCAUUUCAUCAGUUGCUUUUGGCAUUGACAAUGACUGCAUAAACGAACCUAACCAUUUGUUUCGUCGGAUGGGUUCGAGGAUUUUUGAUACAACGUUUUGGAACGGCUUUAGGGGGACUAUGUCGUUUAUUGCUCCAAGCCUUUUUCAUAAAAUGAAACUUAAAACUGUCGACAAUGAUGUCGAAGAAUUUAUGUUUUCAAUUGUUAAACAAACUGUUGAAUAUCGAGAACAGAAAAACUUCUCGAGAAAUGAUUUCAUGCAACUUUUAAUUCAGUUGAAAAACCAAGGAUUUAUUUCAGUCGACAAAGGAGAAAAAAAUUCAGAAGAGAAUGAUGAAUCCAAUAAAAGUAUCAAGAAAUUAAACUUUAACGAAAUUGUAGCACAAGCGUUUGUAUUUUUCGUUGCAGGAUUCGAAACAUCAAGCUCAACUUUGUCAUUCUGUUUGUUUGAAUUGGCAAGACAUAAGGAAAUUCAGAAAAAGAUCCAAGAAGAAGUGGACAAAGUCUUCAAAGCUGCAGGUCCUGAUGGAAUUACUUAUGAUAUGUUAAGUGAUUUGAAAUAUCUCGAAUGUUGCAUUGACGAAGCAUUGCGAAAAUAUCCAAUUGUGCCAGUUCAUUUUCGAACUGCUACUCGUGACUACAAGGUAGCUGAUAGCGAUCUUGUGAUUCCAAAAGAUACAGCCGUCAUGAUUCCUGUUCUGGGUUUCCACCGUGAUCCAGAAAUCUAUGAUGAUCCAAUGCAGUUCAUUCCAGAAAGAUUCCUUGACUCGCCACAUGGAGGUGGAGAAGCUCAGUUACGAUCAAUCGGUCUUUUGCUUCAGAACUGUUUGUAUUAUCACAACAUGUCGCUAUUAAUAAUAUUAGGAUUAGUUGUAACAAUUGUGUAUCUUUUGAACCAAUACUUCUUUAGUUAUUGGUCCAAAAGAGGAUUCAAACAAAUGGAACCUUCAUUUUUAUUGGGAGAUGCAAGUAGUGUAGUAACUUUAAAAGUUUCUCCAGGAGAGUAUUUUCAAAAUAUUUACAACCGAAAUAAGAGGAAUAAUGCUAUUGGAGUUUACAUGUUCUAUCGUCCCAUAUUAUUGAUCAAUGAUGCUAAGCUUGUUCAAAACAUUUUGAUCAGAGAUUUCACAUAUUUCCACGACCGUCCAAUGCCUGUAGAUGAAAAUUAUGAUCCAUUGUCCGGACAUUUAUUUAGCAUCGCGGGUCAAAAGUGGCGAGAUUUAAGAGUAAAAUUGUCACCGACAUUUACCUCUGGGAAACUUAAAACUAUGUUUCCGAUUAUAAAUAACGUCGGAAAAGUGCUUGAUGAAUAUUUGGACAAAAAUGUGAAAAGUGGUGUCAAUGUGUUCGAAUUUCGAGAUUUAAUGGCACGUUUCAAUACUAACAUCAUUUCAUCAGUUGCUUUUGGCAUUGACAAUGACUGCAUAAACGAACCUAACCAUUUGUUUCGUCGGAUGGGUUCGAGGAUUUUUGAUACAACGUUUUGGAACGGCUUUAGGGGGACUAUGUCGUUUAUUGCUCCAAGCCUUUUUCAUAAAAUGAAACUUAAAACUGUCGACAAUGAUGUCGAAGAAUUUAUGUUUUCAAUUGUUAAACAAACUGUUGAAUAUCGAGAACAGAAAAACUUCUCGAGAAAUGAUUUCAUGCAACUUUUGAUUCAGUUGAAGAACCAAGGAUAUAUUUCAGUCGACAAAGGAGAAAAGGAAGAAGAAGAAGAUAAGAAUCAAUCAAAAACUAAACUAAACUUAAGCGAAAUUGUAGCACAAGCGUUUGUAUUUUUCGUUGCAGGAUUCGAAACAUCAAGCUCAACUUUGUCAUUCUGUUUGUUUGAAUUGGCAAGACAUAAGGAAAUUCAGAAAAAGAUCCAAGAAGAAGUGGACAAAGUCUUCAAAGCUGCAGGUCCUGAUGGAAUUACUUAUGAUAUGUUAAGUGAUUUGAAAUAUCUCGAAUGUUGCAUUGACGAAGCAUUGCGAAAAUAUCCAAUUGUCCCUUCUCUCAUUCGAACUGCUACUCGUGACUAUAAGAUACCUGAUAGCGAUCUUGUGAUUCCCAAAGAUACAGCGAUUGUAAUUUCUGUCUUAGGAAUGCAUAGAGAUCCAGAAAUCUAUGAUGAUCCAAUGCAGUACAUCCCAGAGAGAUUCCUUAAUUCGUCACAUGGAGGUGAAGUUUAUGGCGAAUUAUAUGAAAAAAGUAAAAGUCAUAGAAUAAUUGGCCUUUAUUUCCUUUAUCGUCCUGGACUUAUGAUAAACGAUCCUAAAUUGAUACAAAACAUUCUUGUAAAGGAUUUUCAUCAUUUUACGGAUCAUGGGCUUUAUGUUGAUACAAAGUAUGAUCCAUUAUCAGGCCAUUUGUUUUCAUUACGUGGCGAACAAUGGAAGCAUUUGAGAGCCAAGUUGUCACCACUUUUUUCGCCCGGAAAAUUAAAAGUGAUGUUUCCAACAUUUCUUUCAUGUGCAACAAAUUUGCAAAAACAUGUCGAUGAAUGUGUCCGUUUGGGUAAGAAUGUUAUUGAAUUUCGUGAUCUUAUGGCCCGUUACACGACUGAUAUUAUUGCUUCUGUCGCAUUUGGAUAUGAUAACAAUUCCAUAAAUGAGCCUGAUAAUGAAUUUCGGCUUGUAGGAGCAAAAGUAUUUAAACCAACAAUAAAGGCAGGAUUAAGGGCAUUUCUAACUUUUCUGAUGCCAAAACUUAACAGUUUUAUAGGUUUAAAAGUGGCUGAUAAAGACGUCGAAGAAUUUAUGUUUAGUAUGGUAAAGAAUACAAUUUUAUAUCGUCAGAAAAAUCAAAAGGAAAGGAAUGACUUUAUGCAGAUGAUGAUUAAGCUGAAGGCUAAAGAAUUUGUAGAAAGAAAAGAAAAUGUACCAGCUGAUUGUUGGCAAGCUGACACUUUAACACUAAAUGAAAUUGUGGCACAAGCUUUUGUAUUUUUUAUUGCUGCGUUUGAAACAACAUCUUCAACAAUGGCAUUAUGUUUAUACGAGCUUUCAAGAAACAAGGAGUUACAAGAAAAAGCACAAUAUGAAAUUGAUCAAGCAUUGAAAAGGUCAUCUGAUGAUAUUAGCUAUGAAAUAAUGUCAGAAUUAAAAUAUUUGGAAAAUUGUAUUGACGAAACUUUGCGAAAAUAUCCACCAGCUCCAUUUUUAAUUCGUGAAUGCAUUAAAACUUAUGACGUUCCAGGCACAGAUCAUGUCAUUGAAAAAGGAACCCCUAUUAUCAUAUCGUCAUUUGGAAUUCAUCGCGACCCAGAAAUAUUUGAGAAUCCAUUGAAAUUUAACCCCGAACGUUUCAACAUAAAUUCAACGGGCGAUGGAAAAGCAAAUGGAUUGUUUUAUAUUCCCUUCGGUGAUGGACCAAGAAUAUGCAUAGGAAUGCGAAUGGGAAAAAUGAUUGCAAAACUUGGACUGACAUUGCUAUUGGAAAAAUUCAAUUUCGAAAUAUUUGGGAAAUCUCAUGAAAAUGAAUUGGAAUUUAGUCCGAAACAAUUUGUUUUAACAUUAAAAGACGAUAUGGAUUUUAAAGUGACUUUAAGAAAUUCGAAAUGA